CUACCAUUCCAACAAAAGGAAGCAAGAAACACAAGAAUGACCCACUGGUUACUAGUUAGCACUUAGCACCGCCUAUGACUCUAUUCCCUCCUUCACUUCACACCACACUAUACUCUCACAUCUUCCCUUCUUCUUCUUCUUCUUCUUCUUCUUCUUCUUCUUCUUCUUCUUCUCUCUCCUGCAAUGGCCGAACUUCAUUCCACUUCAAAUUCAACUCUAACUCCUCCUCCAUCUACUUCCGCGGGUAACAAUGAAUCUUCUGGAGCUUCACCAUCGACUUCCCGAGGCCGUCGCAACGAUCAGAACGCCGCUGACCGAUCUCAGGCUCGAUUCCGGUCGCCUGAAAUUGAACCGAUCGUUGGCCAUGCUGGCAGAGUCAUUGGCUGGGGAAUCGGGGACGAGUCGUCGUCUGUUAGGGAAGAUGCAUGGUCAUGCUUUGCUGUUGUAUUCACGUUUUGGUUUUUCGUGUCAGUGACUAUAAUACUUGGGGUUUAUGGGUCCAUGAAUCUCUUGCUUGGUCCAGAAACAUCGAUUGUGUUCCAACCUAGCCCUCUGUUCGUGCAAUAUCUCAGGGUAGAAAACUUAGAAGAAAAGCCAGGUCCUGUCGUGUAUGGUACUUACCAAUAUCCAGAUCUUGAUGUUAUUACCACUUGGGAACAAACUCUGCAUGCAACUAUUCCCUCUGACACACAUCAGGAAUGGAUUUAUUAUCUGAAUACUGGUUCAGAAGUGAAUAUUUCAUAUCACUUGAGCCCUGUGAGCUCCUCCGUUCUCCUUAUAAUUGCAGAUGGGGCUGAAAGCCUCGCUCAGUGGAUUGAAUACCCUACAUACCGUAAUUCAACUCUCUCAUGGAACAUGAUCCAUGGUAUGACAAAGGUAAAGAUAAAUUUUAUACUCAUAUUAAACCUAUGUUUGAUGCUCAUUUAUUUUUUCACAGGAGCUGAUCUACAGAGAACGAGUUCUGUGAAAGUGGAACUAAACCUCACAGUUAGGGCCUACUUGCACAAUACAAAGAAUGCUUACUACAAAUAUGCCUUGGCAAGUAGAAGUUCGUGCAGUUUGAGCAUUUUCUUUCCACAAGGAAACGCAGCUAUCUUGACUACUCCUGGUCCACAAAAGAAUGCAUCAGAUGAUGAAUGGUACGUCAAAGUGACCUAUGGACCUAGAUGGAUCACAUAUAUUGUAGGCAUAGGUGGAUUGACUUUGCUUAUGUUUUGGGCAUUCAACCUCUUGAACAAUCUCCAGUUUGCCCGUGAAGAAAGAGCAGGAGUUAUAAACAAUGGGACGGCACCUGAUAGAGGCCCUUUGCGCUCUCGAAAAGAUGAUGACCUUUCCAGCUGGGGUUCAUCAUAUGAUUCACUGUCACAAGAUGACGAAGAUCUUGACUCUCAGGCCGGAGGUUCCGCGGAGGGGAAGUCUCUAGGUGAUGGAGAAAUUAGUAACAAUACUCGGCGUCUCUGUGCCAUUUGCUUUGAUGCUCCGAGGGAUUGUUUCUUUCUUCCUUGUGGGCACUCUGCAGCUUGUUUUGAAUGUGGAACUAGGAUCGCCGAGGCUGCUGGUACUUGCCCUGUUUGUCGUAGGAACAUGAAGAAAGUGAGAAAGAUUUUUACUGUUUGAUCAGUUCACUGUCUUGUGUAACGGAGUAAGCCAUGCCUACCAGAACUAUAUAGAUAAUAUGUUAUGUAGUCAUUACUUUCCUUGCGGUCAUUAACAAUGAUCAAGCUAGGUAAAGGUUGGCACUAGUAAGAGGCGUAUUGACUGUUGAGUACUCACCAUUUUAAAAAGGUGCAUCCUCUAAUAACGUAUGCACUAAAUCCUUCAAGGUGAAGUAUUCAUACACAAUUUUUUAGAAAAUAUUUCUUAGCCUCUUAGAUGAGUAUAAAGUGUAACUCUUCGAAUCCACAAGAAGUAGCACAAUUAAGAGAAUCCACAAACACUUUUAUAUUGAUUUACUCUUAUUUCAAAUUUGGUAU